AAUUUAAUUUUUUGGGGACUUUUUUGUCUAAAAAUUUCCGAGAAACCUCUCGUCGGCGAAAUUCAAACGAGGCAAAAGUCUUAAAUGUCGAAUUUGGGAGAGACGACGAUUACUUAGGGUUUCACUGUUUCAGUAGAUUAUCCGAAAGCGGUGAAUAAAAAGAUGCAGCAAUCUCCACAGAUGAUUCCGAUGGUUCCUUCGUUUCCGCCGACCAACAUCACCACCGAACAGAUCCAAAAGUUUCUUGAUGAGAACAAGAAGCUGAUAAUGGCGAUCUUGGAAAAUCAGAACCUCGGUAAACUUCAAGAAUGCGCUGAGUAUCAAGCUCUUCUCCAGAAGAAUCUGAUGUAUCUAGCUGCAAUCGCUGAUGCUCAACCUCAGCCACCAGGAGCUGCACCAACAACACCAGGAGCCAUGGCUCCUCAAGCAAUGGGUCCUCAUGGAUCAGCGAUGCAGCCACCACCAAGCUACUUCAUGCAGCAGCAGCAGCAGCAUCAGCAAGCUGUGGGAAUGGCUCAACAAAUACCGCCAGGGCUUUUCCCUCCGAGAGGUCCGUUGCAGUAUCAGUUUCAAGAUCCACAGCAGCAACAGUUACAUCAACAAGCUAUGCCAAUGAAAGGGCACAUGGGGAUUAGACCAAUGGGUUUGCAGCAUUCGAUGCUGCACCACCCGGAAACUGCUCUCGGCCCAAACAACACGGGUCCGAGUGAUGCUCGUGGUGGAGGCAAACAGGAUGUGACCGAUGUGAGUCAUGGUGGAGCUGAUGGGCAAGGUGGCUCAGCGGCUAGACAUGAAGGAAAAUGAUGGUUUUGUUGAUAUUUAAUUAGGUUCUGUUUGUUUUUUUGCUUCUUCCACAAUGAUGACAAAGUUGUUACUUUGUCAGGUUAGUCACGGUUUAGGGUUUUUGAGAGGAUUCAGUUUGAAUUCCAAGAUGGAUGUGGAAAUGGGUUCUCACAUUCACAUGUAUUGGUAACGUUGUUGUUGUAUGGUAAUUAGAUGCACCGGUUCGAUUUGGUGUAUGAACCGGUUUGGGUCCUAAGGCUGGAUUUUAAUCAAGCCGUCUGAACCGUGUUUUGUUGAACUGUUUUAUAUCGAAAUUUAUGCAAUGUUCAUUUUUUAUUUGGGUGCCA